GAAAGGCGUGGUGAGCCGGUUGACUCACGGAUUUCAAGGCACUACAUUAGCCAAGGAAGGAUGGACAGGGUCACAGACUUACAUCAUUUGAUUCUUCCAUCUUUUCUUUCUUUUUCUCGUUUUCUCUCUUCUCCCUUCUCUUUCUUCUUCUUAGAUAGAAAACCCUAGGUUUUGAGGGAAUCCAAGGUUCUGGAGCGUAACGGAAAGGGGAAAUUAAAGAAGAGCGAGGCGCGGUUUCGAUAGAGUAAGGGAGAAGAAGGAAUCCGAUGUUGGUGGAGUUAAGUAUAGGGUUCGAGAAAUUAAUUUGAGGCCGAAGAAGGAGCCUAUAAAUAGGAGCGAGAGUGGAUGGUAGAGACACACCAAAGCAAGAAAUUAUAGGAAUCAGAGUGAGUCUGAGAAGAGGUGGGUUUUGAGGCGAGCAAGGGAGAAAGAGAGGACUGGGACUGGGCUGUGAGGACGCGAAGCUAGCUAGAAGACGAGUAGGAACGCAUUCCAGCUAAAUCCCAGGAUCCCUCCUACAUUGUCGUUCACGAUCUCAUUAGCAAUGCAUCAUUGCUUUUUCUUUUACUCUUCAAUUCGCGGCUGUGGUACUCUGUACCCUGAGCAGCACAAGCUGCAACUGUGAUCACGAGCUCUUGUUCAAGAAAUAUUUUUUGGAGCAAAUAUUGGAGAGUAAAGAGUAAUAAAUGAAGCACAUUGUGAAGAUUUUGGCAUUGGUAGUAGCCAUUACGGUGUUAUGGAUUGGCCUUUUACAAACUUCUGUGAUUCCAUAUAACCAUACUUGGCUGCUACCUAUAUAUUUUGUUGUGUCUUUAGGAUGUUACGGUCUAUUAAUGGUUGGAGUUGGUCUGAUGAAUUUCCCAACCUGUCCUCAAGAAGCUCUGUUGUUGCAGAAGCGAUCUACAUCACACUGGAAAGGAUCAGCAUCCUCAUUAUCAAUGAACAACACUGUCACUGAUAUAUAGAGUUAGAGUCUGCAACGUGUUCCUGGCAAGCUCCAAUUAUUCUGUUAAAAAGUAAUAAGGAUUUUUGUGUGGAUCAUCAACAAAACCAACCACCCAAAGCUUAAGCUAUUAUUGGGUAGAAUAUUUUUGCAUCACCAACUUAUGUCCAUACGUUUGUGAAUUUAGUUGGCACUCUUUCCAUAUGCUGGUGGAUAAUAAAUGUCAUCAGCUAAAUAUAUACCUAAUUAUGCCAAGGUAAGGGAUCUCAGCACCAAAUUACAUGUGCUUUACUUACUGCUCUGUUCUCCCUCUUCCGUAUUUGCACUGCAUCUAGUGUAAGAAAACAAUUUUGGCUCCAGAAAUCUUAACUUCAUUCAAAUUACAAUCCAAUUGUCAUAAUGGUCUUGCUUCCUAAUUGCUCGUUUAAGGAAUCCGGUAGAGCUAAUCAUUAUGGCCUGAAUAUAUUAGAUUGUUGUUGGAUUCAUGAUGUAGAAAAAUUGAAGCCAUUGUUCCUAGUUAGAAUUCAGAUAUGUUCUGCCGUUGUGGCAUGUCGCAGAAGAAUGUUGCUUAUUUCAAAUCUUUUCAGGACAUUGUUGAGGCCAAGGAAUAUUUGAAACAGAAAGGAGUUCUCACUCUAAAUUGAUCUGGUUUCAAAUUUAACGAGAUGUUCUGAAUUGGCUGCUGAGAAUUACCCGAUUGGUUGUUCUGAAAGAUUUUUUGCAUCUAACCUUCAUACACUAAAUACUGAUGUGGGAACUAUUUUGGCCAAUGUACACAAACUCCUCAUUACAAUCAAUAGAUGCCUGUUCUGUUUGUGUUCUUUUA